AAAGAGAUUCUCUAAAUUUGUAAGCUUCAACGUCUUCGUCAUCUUAUUACAAACGCCGCCGAAGAGGUUAUUUAUUGUUGUGACUGCCUCGCAUAUUUUAUCAUUUGGGUAACUAACUGGACCAGGCCUGCUCCGCUGUAACUGUAAUUUACUAUUAAAAUUUCCUCUAUAUAAGAUCUAUCUAUCUAUCUUCGGGAACACAGGUAACCCGAAAAGGAAACACAAAUUGAUAUUUGUUUGAUAUGUAUAAACUAUAUUUGUUUGAAUUCUAUUUUCACAAAUGGAAGCGUAUUUAAUAAUGUGGCCGCAUCAGCACAGCUGAUGGAACUGCAACUUUCAAAACAACAUAAAAAGUAAAUUAAAAUUUCAAAAAUCCCAAAAUUUUUUUGUACAUUUUUAAAUUAUGAAUUUUUCAAUAAGCCGAAUUAUAAUACUCGGGAUGACUAAGAGCACCAUAUGGGUUGGAACUCGGAGCUCCCAUUUGUGUGGGUUUCACGAGAAACUCAGCUAAGAACUAUGGGGUGCAGGUUGUGGUUUGCUGAGUUAUGACAUUGAUGAUCAAUGUGUUCCAUUUGGUUUCCAUGCCCGUGUAUCAUCGACAACAAUGGAAAGCUCGACAAUUCUGGGUUUGGUGCAGAACCCCAUUUGGGUUACUAUCUGGCUGAGGAAUGUUUUAAGAUGUCAUUGGCACGGCUUAUCGCAAUAGUAUGGGAAAUGAUUUUGAAAGAACCCCACGUAUCCAUCACCGGCAGAGCAGCCAUCACAAUCCGUUGGCAAAGAAAUAAUAUAUCCAUUUCCCCUUAUGGACGUCUGGCUGUGGUCAUUGAUAAUUUGGAUAGAGGCUAUAGCGAGAUACAAUGUGCAUUUGUGCCAGUCAAAGAGAAUACCUUGAAAGAGGUAGCAAUGUCCAGACACAAACCCCUGCUCUUAAUUAAAAUAUAUUACACGCUCCAUGAUGAAUUCAUAGGGCGUACGCUUCUUGAAAUAGCUGGGCGGCGUUUAAAAUUAUAUGUAAAUAUAUCACAAGGUACAUUCUUGAAAAAAGCAUCGGUGGCACAACAACAUUUGACUUGUUGUAAGUUAAACUUAUAAUUAACGUUAACCUCCGAUCUGUGUGGUGUUCAUCGUUAACAUGACAAAAAGCUUAGCUGGGAGCUAAUGAGCGCGUCCACAUGUUGCGGAUAAUAUAAUGUUUUGUAUACGUAUUAGCUGCAACUGCUGUCUCUGAAAAUCAGCGGUAUGGAGUGGAGAGUAUCAAUGAGAGGCCGGGCGGCAACGGCUCUCGUUUAAAUACUGAGUGCUUAUGAUUCUUCAUAUUGGCGCCUUUAAAUAACCAAUUGCCAUCAUGUUCCCACGGCUAUCUGUCCUAUGGACCGGAACGAGCUAUCUCACCUGUAGGAGCUGGACGAGGAUCGUUACCUCCACAGACAAAUGAUCGCAACAAUCGUUAUUGAUUUUUAUACCCUCCACCAUAGGAUGGGGGUAUACUAAUUUCGUCAUAGAACUUGACAAAUGCGAUCUAUGUGGAGGGCAUAUAAGAUUCGGCACGGGCGAACUUAGCACGCUCUUGUUUUUUGUUGGGUUUUAUCUUAACAUGUAAACUGUUAAACUUUCAAUCAUUUGUUUAGAAUUGACUAGCUGACCCGGGCCCGCUCCGCUGCGCCUUAUUUUACUUUAUAUGGAACAAAAGUUUUCUUGGAAUAUUUAUUUUCGACAAUUAAAAAGCUUUUAGUGAAAUACCAUGCUACGAAAA